UUUGUUAUUUGAAAUAUGAGCGCACGCCCACUUCCUUUAUGUACAAACGCAGAGAGCUCGCUUGCCACACGCACUGUCAUCCUUGCUCGACUGGACGCACCCGAACAGGCGCAUUUUCAACCGCACCGGAGACGGAACACUCUGCACAGUGAUUCAUCAUCGCGACCGGCCAACACAGGGGCGGGUUUUUGGGCAACAUCAUUGCAAAACGCGUUUUCAGGUAUCCCAUCAUCCCCAGAAGCUGAUACUCCUGUUACCAUGGCAGCGAUCGGGUCACGUGGCACAGUCACAGAGUUCCGAGGAUUCAAUGCAGAUGAGGACGCCCAGAAACUGCGCAAGGGCAUGAAGGGAGUGGGCACGGACGAAUCAGCUAUCAUCGAGAUCCUGUCUAAAAGAACCAUCGCCCAAAGACAACUAAUCAAACAAGCUUUCAAGAAGGCCGUUGGAAAGGAUCUGCUGGAUGAACUCAAAGGAGAGCUGACUGGGAAUUUCGAGAAGGUGGUUGUGGGUUUGCUCAUGCCCUCGCCAGUGUACAGUGCCUAUGAGCUGAGGAACGCCAUCAAGGGCGCUGGCACAGACGAGGGCUGUCUGAUCGACAUCCUGGCUUCCCAAAACAACCAGGAAAUGAGGGCGAUCAUUGCUGCCUACAAGAAUGAGUACGGGAAGAACCUGGAGGACGACGUAUGCUCCGACACGUCCGGAAUGUUCCAGAGAGUUCUGGUGUCUCUCCUCACGGCUAAUCGUGAUGAGAGCGACAGCGUGGACCAAGCGCAGGCUGUUCAGGACGCCAAGGACAUGUUCGAGGCUGGCGAGGCACGCUGGGGCACCGACGAGGUCAAGUUCCUGACCGUGCUCUGCAUCAGGAACAGGAAGCACCUGCUCAGGGUCUUCGAGGAAUAUCAGAAGAUCUCGAACCGCGACAUCGAGGAGAGCAUCAAGAGAGAGAUGUCUGGAAAUCUGGAGGAUGCCUUCCUCGCCAUCGUGAAGUGCUUGAGAAACAAGCCUGCGUUUUUCGCUGAGCGGCUUUACAAAUCCAUGAAGGGCCUGGGCACCACAGACAGUAUUCUGAUCCGGGUGAUGGUGUCGCGCUGUGAGAUCGACAUGCUGGAUGUCAAGGCUCAGUUCCAGAAGAUUUAUGGCAAGACCCUGUACUCCUUCAUCAAGGGAGACUGCUCUGGCGAUUACCGGAACAUUCUGCUGCAGCUGUGCGGCUCCGACAGUUAGAGAGCCUGUCAGAGGGGCUGCGGUUUAACUGUGCCCGAACCACAGCAGCGCCCCCUGGUGCUGGGAGGCUGCCCUGCAUGUCUUUUUGUAUCAUGAAUGUGAAUCAUAACUGGAUUUCAGUGUGGACAGGCAAUCAUGGUGCGUCUGUCCAUCUUUUGCAAUAAAACUAAUUGAAGGAUU